ACAACUAACUCCAGCUUUCUUUGAAACUUUCAGCAGCCAGAACCCCAAAACAAGAAGAAAACCAAUUUGAAGAGGAUUAAUCAACAAAUUUUCAGUUUCUGAAUUUCAUGGCUGCUAAGCUUCUUCCAUGGCUUCUUCUUCUUCUUCAUCUCUUCUCUCAUUUUUUUCCCUUUUCUUCUUCCCAACCUCAAAAUAUUGAAGCUUUCUUUCCAUAUGACAAUCCAUCUCCAUCUCCAUCUCCACCUCCACCUCCACCACCCAAUUCACCAAUUCCAUCACCUCCACAAGAAUCACCACAACUACAACCCCCGCCGCCACUACCUCCGCCACCACCGUCAGAGCCUGAAUCAAACUCAUCGUCAAACAAGAAAACCAUUGUAAAAGUUGUAGCUGCCACCGCUGCCAGCACUAUAGUUGUUGCUGCCGUAUUUUUCUUCCUACUGCAAAAGCAUUAUAUUGCACGGCGUAAAAGAGAUAAAGUCGGUAAUAUUGCCCAACCUGGAAACGGUCCCCAGGGUGGCCGGCCUGCCACUUUGCCUCCAAACGGUUUCACAGGAUUUGACGGGAAUGUCAGAGGGUUAAUCGUGGAUGAAAAUGGACUGGACGUGCUUUACUGGAGAAAGCUUGAAGAGGGUGACAAAAAUCAGCUCAGGAGUUUCGAGAAAGAGACUUUACAGAGUCCUCCGAGGCGUAGUGAUGGAGAUAAAUUAGGUGAACCGAUGAUGAACAAGUCUGAGGAAAUACAAGAAGUUUCUUCUUCAUCUUCCUACUAUUCAGUUAGACCGGAAAAGAAUUAUCAAGAUCAAAUUAUGGCUUCCAAGGCACCCCCUCCAUCAGUUUCCUUCAGGACUAUUGAAGAAAAACAACCACCAUUUCAACCAUCUACUCUUCCUCUUCCCCCAGCGCCACCGCUGCCAAUUCAAAAAAACAGCAGACCUUCGCCUCCUCCGCCACCUCCACCAAUUCCAGGAGAAAAAAAUCCUGGUCCACCUCCUCCUCCACCAAAGGCUACUGGUUUGAAAAUAUCUUUAAAACCACCUUCAGGGUCUAAAGGGUCUUCAAGUGAGGGUAAACUAGGAGAUCGUUCUGCAAGUGAGAAUGGUCAGGUAAAAUUGAAGCCAUUGCAUUGGGAUAAGGUGAAUAAAAAUGGUGAAAAAUCAAUGGUGUGGGACAAAAUUGAUAAUGGCUCCUUCAGGUUUGAUGGUGAUCUUAUGGAAGCACUCUUUGGAUUUGUUGCUAGUAAUCGGAAAUCACCUCCAAGAACCAAUGACUCAAGGAACCCAAAGAGUCCAAACUCACAGAUUUUGAUCCUUGAUGCCCGAAAAUCUCAGAAUACUGCAAUUGUGCUCAAAUCUUUGGCACUCUCUCACAAUGAACUACUCAAUGCGCUUAACGAGGGCAAAGGCCUAAAUGCAGAAACUCUUGAAAGGCUUAACAGGAUUGCCCCAAAUAAAGAAGAACAGUCCCAAAUUCUCAAAUUUGAAGGUGAUCCCACAAGGCUAGCCGAUGCUGAAGCCUUCCAUUUCCACAUUCUGAAAGCCAUUCCCUCAACCUACACUCGUCUUCAUGCUAUGUUAUUUAGAUCAAACUAUGACACAGAGAUUCUCCAUCUGAAAGAGUCUAUUCAAACGCUCGAGUUGGGAUGUAGGGAGCUUCGAACUCGAGGGCUUUUCAUGAAACUUUUGGAGGCCAUACUCAAGGCCGGAAAUAGAAUGAAUGCAGGAACGGCCCGCGGCAAUGCACAAGCUUUCGACCUUACAGCUCUUAGAAAGCUCUCUGAUGUUAAAAGCAGUGAUGGCAAAACAACUCUGCUUCACUUUGUUGUAGAAGAAGUGGUUCGCGCAGAGGGAAGACGAUGCGCUGUCACUUCUAAGAACAACUUAAGUCGCAGCAGCAGCCGGAGUAGCAACAGCAGCAUAACUUCCGAGGAUUCAACACCAAAAGAGGAUAAAGAAAAGGAAUACAUGAUGCUAGGAUUACCAGUGGUAGGAGGCCUCAGUACAGAAUUCACAAAUGUGAAAAAAGCCGCCACGAUUGAUUAUGACACCUUUUCUUCAACUUGCUCGUCUCUCUCAGCCCGUGCAGCAGAAAUUGGGGAGCUUGUAUCCGAAUGUUCUGUUGAAGGAGGCGAUUGUUUUGUUAAAGAAAUGAAAGGGUUUCUUGAAGCAGCUGAAAAAGAGCUCAAGGUGCUGAAAGAAGAACAAGCGAGGGUGAUGCAACUUGUGAGGAAAACUACAGAAUAUUACCAAGCUGGAGCUUCAAAGAAUCAUGGAGCGCACCAACUGCAACUAUUUGUUAUAAUUAAAGAUUUUCUGGGGAUGGUUGAUCACGUUUGUGUUGAAAUUGCUAGAAAUUUGCAAAGGAGGAGAACUUCUAAGUCAGGCAUUGGAUCUUCACCACCAGGAUUGAGAACUGUGAGGUUCCCAAACUUGCCGGAACAUUUCUUGACGGAUAAAUCCAGAAGCAAUUCUAGCGAGUCAGAUUCCGAUUAAUCCAAUCCAACAUCUAUAUUUUUUUUUGUUUUGAAAAUAGAAUUGAUUUAUGUAUAUAGAUUUUUAUUUUUGAACAAAGGAUCCAGAAGGAAAAUAGAUAGAACUGAGUGAUUUUUUAUUGUAUCUUGCAAAUAUUGGUAAAUUUUCAAUGAACAAUUAAUUGUUUCA